AUGGAUCCAUCCUAUUCGAAAUCUCGAGAUACACCAUCCGAUACCGUGCCGCCUAAAGCCAAGCGGAAGCACGAGCGCGGAGCGACAUGGAACAUUCGCUUUCAAGCUUCAUUGCACACAGUGCCUCCUCAACCGACAUUGCCUGCGAAUACAUAUGGCGGUUUGGGUGCGCUGAGUCGGGUGGAAGAUGUGAAUGGCACGCCCGGAGCUCAGACUCAAGAUUCCAGAUCGCUAUUUUUGCACCUCAAAGUUCUCGUCCAGCACUGUCAACUCGUGGCCGACCAAGGUCUUUCUCGCCUGCAGGAGGAGCAACGAUCCACAUCCCAUCUACGUCUCCAGGCAGAGCUCCAGCGUGUCCAAGACGACCUGUCUGCGGCGAUGAAGGGAUGGGCGGCCGAUAAGCAGGCGAUCAUGAAGUUUCAGGGCGAACUGCUGGAAGCACGAUGCCUGGCCCAACACGAAAGUCAGCAAUCGAUGGACUUGAAGAAGCUCCUCGAAGCCCAGCAGUCAGAACUUUGCGAGCGCGUUGAGCAGCACGCGAAGGAGGUCGAACGUGGGGUUGCGCUACAGGAGCAGCUGAAGACGGCGCAGAUCGCUGUUGCGGAGAUGGAGAUACACUUGUCGGAGGCUCGUCGGGAAGCUGAGCGGGAUCAAGUGUCGUUGAGCUCUCUUCGAAAGGAACUUACUCGGAGCGAAGCCGCCCACGAGGAAACCUCGAACAACCUGAAGUUCCUAUAUCGAAACUCUUUGGCCGACUCCAUUCAGAACACCGCGCUGCGGAAGACAGUCGAAAGUCGGGCCAUGGAGCUGGAGCAUCUGCAAAAUGUUCAAGGGCAAGAGCAGACGCAGAAUAAGGCAAGGGUGGUGCAGCUGCAGAAGGAUCUGGAUGCGCUCAAAGCAGUCGAGAGCGAGAGCAAGCGGAAGUAUGCGAAGAGGAGGAAACAGGUCUUGCAAUUGCAGAAAACCCAAAAAGCCUUCGAGCAACGCAUCUCUGAACUCGAGCAACGAGCCGUCGUGUCCGAGCGCCAGCUAACCAUGUUCCACUUCGGUAUCAACCUCCUCCACAGCUACUUGCUCAUCUUCCUCAAAGAGCAGGAGACACCCCGCAUACCGCCUAACAAGAAACGCAAGCGAGGCGAGCACGAUCUGUGGGACGUCCAGGUGGCGGUCAAGGCCCUGCUCGAUAAGUGCGAGGACCAUGUCAACUCGAUACGCGACCAGUUCGACUUUUACGAGGAAGAGGAUUUGGUGGGGACAUGUCCGAUGUGUCAUGAAGAGCAUGGCUAA